GGCCCUGCUGGACCUUCGGCUGUUUGAACMUUCCUGGGCUCCGAUGCCUCAGCAGAUCCCGAUGUCGGAGCGGCCCCGGACCUGCAGAACGGUGCAUGGCACAGCGGCACUGAGCCCCUAGACCAUGCCCCACACCAUGAGAUGGUGGCUCCCGCUGCUGGCCCUGCACGUGGCACUGCCGUCCCCGCGGGCAGACGCCUGCCCCGCUCGCUGCGAGUGCGCCCCGCAGCUGCGCUCGGUGCUGUGCCACCGCAAACGCCUGACCGCCAUCCCCGAGGGCAUCCCCAGCGAGACCCGCGUGCUGGAGCUCAACAAGAACCGCAUCCGCUGCCUCAACCCCGGCGACCUGGCGCCCUACCCGCUGCUGGAGGAGCUGGAUUUCAGCGAGAACAUCAUMUCCAAUGUGGAGCCCGGCGCCUUCAGCAACCUGUUCAACCUGCAGACGCUGCGGCUGAGGGGAAACCAGCUCAAGCUGAUCCCCCCGGGGGUGUUCACCAAACUGACCAACCUGACSCUGCUGGACAUCAGCGAGAACAAGCUGGUCAUCCUGCUGGACUACAUGUUCCAGGACCUGCGCAACCUGAAGAGCCUGGAGGUGGGCGACAACGACCUGGUGUACAUCUCGCAGCGCGCCUUCUCGGGGCUGCUGGGGCUGGAGCAGCUGACCAUCGAGAGGUGCAACCUGACCGCCAUCUCGGCCGAGUCGCUGUCCUACCUCCAGAACCUGGAGGUGCUGCGGCUGCGGCACCUCAGUAUCUCGGCGCUGGAGGAGCAGAACUUCAGGAAGCUCUACAACCUCCUGCAGCUGGAGAUCGACAACUGGCCSCUGCUGGAGGAGGUGUCCCCCAGCAGCUUCCAGGGCCUGAACCUCACCUCGCUCUCCAUCACCUACACCAACAUCACGGCCGUGCCCGCCGCCGCCCUGAGGAACUUGGUGUACCUGCGGUACCUCAACCUGUCCUACAACCCCAUUAGCACCGUGCUGAAGGGCUCCUUCAAGGACCUCAUCCGGCUGCAGGAGCUGCACAUCGUGGGYGCCCUCCUGGUGUCCGUGGAGCCGCAGGCUUUCUCCGGCCUGAGGCAGAUCCGGCUGCUCAACCUGUCCGGCAACUUCCUGUCCACSCUGGAGGAGAGCACCUUCCACUCGGUCAACACGCUGGAGACGCUGCGGGUGGACAGGAACCCGCUGGCCUGCGACUGCCGGCUCCUCUGGAUCCUGCAGCGGCGCAAGACGCUCAACUUCGACGGGCAGCAGCCCAUGUGCUCCUCGCCGCCCGAAAUCCAGGGCAACGCCCUGCGCGACUUCCCGGACUCGGUGCUCUUCGAGUACUUCACCUGCCAGAAGCCCAAAAUCCGCGACCGCAAGCUGCAGCACGUGACGGCGCGGGAGGGGCAGUCCGUGUCCUUCCUGUGCCGCGCCGACGGCGAGCCCGACCCCGCCAUCGCCUGGGUGUCGCCGCAGCACCGCAUGAUCACCACGCGCAGCACGGGCCGCGCCACGGUGCUGCCCGGGGGCACGCUGGAGAUCCGCUUCGCCCAGGUGCAGGACAGCGGCACCUACAUCUGCAUCGCCAGCAACGCCGGCGGCAACGACACCUACUUCGCCACGCUGACCGUCAAGGGGCGGCCGGCCGACGGCGCCCACCGCGCCAACCGGACUUUGUACCUCGGCGACUUCAAUGACACCUUCCACAAUGACACCCAGGUCUUCUUGAAGUUCACCUUGGACCUCAAGACCAUCCUGGUGUCCACGGCCAUGGGCUGCAUCACCUUCCUGGGCGUGGUGCUCUUCUGCUUCCUCCUGCUCUUCGUCUGGAGCCGCGGCCGGGGGCAGCACAAGAACAACUUCUCGGUGGAAUAUUCCUUCCGCAAGGUGGACGGUCCCACCACCACCACGGGCCAGGGAGGGGCCAGGAAGUUCAACAUGAAGAUGAUCUGAGCCUCUCCCAGAGCAGAACUGUCAUCUGCUGGCCAGCCCUGGAGCUGGCAGUGGGACCUUGCCGUGCUGGGACGUGGCCGGAGACGCGGUGCCACAGGCCAGCAGGGUCAGAACCGUGGGGACCUCAGGUCAGGGAGGGAUGGCCCCGCUGUCCCGGCCCCACGGAGAGCCCCCAGGGCUGGGGGGCCGUCCCAGGGGCUCCCUUUGUAGCGAGGUUUUUGCUACCAACUAUGCAUUUCUUGAGCCAAAAGAUCAGCAGCGUUUGGGCCUGGGAGAAAAAUGCUUCCUGUUUUUCCCCCAUUUUUCCCCUUUUUUUGUAAGGGACUCUUCAGAAAACUUUCCUGGUAGUUGUUUAUGGUUCUUUUCUCGAUGUUGGUGGGGG